AUGUCCUCGAGGGGUGCAGGGGGUGAGAAGGGGGGUGAGGAGGGGGUCAGGGGUUGGGACGAGAGGAAAGGAGGGUGGGCAGGAUCGAAGGCGAAGAAUGCGGACGGGUAUAAGUUGUGGUACUCUGGAGUCGUGAGGGGUAAGAAUGGAGUGGGUAUCUUGGUGGAUAGGGAUCUUAGAGAGUCUGUGAUUGAGGUUAGACGAGUGAAUGAUAGGCUAAUAUUUAUUAAGUUGGUGAUUGGUGAGUGCACCCUCAAUGUAGUUAGCGCUUACGCGCCGGAUUUUAAUGGCCAUAUUGGGGCGGCUGCUGGUAGUUAUGGCGAGGUGCAUGGUGGCUUUGGCCUUGGGGAUAGGAACGGAGGAGGUACUUCGCUGUUAGACUUCGCUAAGUCUUUCGAGCUGGUGAUUGCAAACUCGACUUUUCCGAAGAGGGAGGAGCAUCUGGUUACUUUCCAAAGUUUGGCAGUGAAGACUCAGAUCGAUUACCUUCUCCUCAGAAGGUGUGAUAGAGGGUUGUGCAAGGAUUGCAAGGUUAUCCCGGGAGAUACCCUCGCGACUCAGCAUAGGCUCUUAGUGAUGGACAUCGGCAUUAUGAUGAAGAGGAAGAAUAGGUAUGCUCGUGGCCGACCGAGGAUUAGAUGGGGAGCUUUAACCAAGGAUAAAGCCCAGGAGUUGGAGGGGAGGUUAUCCGCUAUGGGAGCUUAG